AUGUCGGCCGACGAGAAUACCAAGUCCGACCCUGUGGUCACUACGGACGAAAAGAACAAUGUCAACAACUACGUGCUGGGCCCGAAGAAGGAGCUUGCCGAUAUCACAUCACCCGGUGUUUUGCGCAUGCAGGCCAUUGCCUCAUGCAUCACCUUUAGAGACCGCAUCUUUAUCUUCAUCGGCGUCUUCUUGAUUGCCUACGCCUACGGUCUGGAUGGUACUACUCGCUACAACUACCAGGCCUAUGCGACCAACAGCUACAGCAAGCACUCGCUUCUGUCUACCAUCAAUGUCAUUAACUCCAUCAUUGCCGCCGCCAUCCAGCCUGCUGCUGCCAAAAUUGCCGACGUUUUUGGUCGUGUUGAGCUGAUUUGCGCAUCUGUCUUCUUCUACGUUAUCGGUACCAUUCUUCAGACUGUAUCGAGUGAUGUGCAGAGCUUUUGCGGUGGCAGCGUCCUCUACCAGAUGGGCUACACCAUGGUUAUUGUGCUUGUCGAGGUUGUCAUUGCCGACAUUACUUCCACUCGUGCUCGUCUCUUCUUCAGUUUCAUCCCCGCAUUACCCUUCCUCAUCAACGCUUGGAUCAGCGGCAACGUUGUCCAGGCUGUCAUGUUCCCCGGAGGUGAAUUGGACGAGCAGCGCUGGAAAUGGGGCAUUGGCAUGUGGUGCAUCAUCUACACUGUCUGCUCUAUGCCUCUGAUCAUCAGCCUCAGCAUUGUUACGCGCCGAGCCCACAAGCUUGGUCUUUUGACAAACUAUCGCUCGUCUUUCCAAAUGCUGGGCUUUGGAAACCUUGCCGUUCAACUGUUCUGGGUGCUUGAUGUCGUUGGCAUCAUCCUUGUCAUUGCUGUGUUUGCUCUGAUUCUGGCACCCCUCACUCUCGCUGGCGGCACGUCUGCCAAUUGGAAGAAGGGCUCCAUCAUUGCGCCUCUAGUCAUUGGCGUUCUCUGUAUCCCAGUGUUUAUUCUAUGGGAACUCCGAGCGCCUCAUCCCUUGGUUCCCUUCAAGCUGAUCAAGGACAGGAGCGUCUGGGGCGCCCUUGGUAUCGCCUGUUUCCUCAACUUUGCCUGGACCAUGCAGGGCGAUUAUCUCUGGACUGUCCUUCAGGUUGCCUUUGACUUUGACGUCAUUACAGCCAACCGUGUUUCUUUGUUGUACUCGUUCGUCAGUGUCAUUGUCGGACCGCUUCUUGGACUGGUCGUCUUCAAGGUCCGCCGUCUCAAAAUCUUCAUCGUCAUUGGUACCUGUCUCUUCAUGGUUGCCUUUGGUCUUUUAAUUCACUACCGUGGCGGGGCGAGUGACAGCAGCCGUGCCGGAGUCAUUGGGGCGCAAUGCCUGCUUGGAUUUGCCGGCGGCAUGUUCCCUUACACAGCCCAAGCUUCCCUCCAAGUUGGUGUCAAGCACGAAAAUGUCGCAGUCAUGACGGGUAUUUACCUGGCUACCUACAAUAUCGGAUCGGCACUUGGAAACGCCAUCUCGGGCGCUCUGUGGACCCAGCUGCUCCCGCAAGAGCUGGAUCGCCGGCUUGCAUCCGUAAAUGCGACUCUUUUGGAGGAAGCCUACGGCAUGCCCUUGUCGGUGAUUACCCAGUAUCCUAUUGGAACCCCGGAGAGAGAUGCCAUGGUAUCUUCUUAUCAGUAUAUUCAGAAGAUGCUUACCAUCACUGGUAUCUGCCUGUGUAUCCCGCUUAUUCUGUUUUCUCUGAGCAUCCGCAACCCGAAGCUCAACGGCAAGCAGACGCUAGCCAAAGAAGACGACACCUCCGAUGUAGAGUCUAGCGAGGCGCAGCAAGACGAAGACGGAAAUCGCACGUAA